AUGGGCAGCCAUACAUACAAUAACCACUCGGACCUGGGCUGGGUCGUCCAGAAGUUUGGCGGCACCAGCGUGGGCAAGUUUCCAGACAAGAUUGCCAAAGAUAUUGUCAGCCUACUCGCCGUCUAUGGAAAACUACGCGGCGUCGGUGCCGCCAUGUGCGUCGACGAGGACCAGCAGAAUGAGCUGGUCGAGCAGGCGCGCGGUCUGAUGCUCGACAUUUGCAACGACCACGUUUUCGCAGCCGAGGCCUUCAUCAAGGACAAUGCCCUGCGCGAGACACUCAUCCAGAAGAUCAGGGAUGAGUGCCAGGAGCUGGUCGAGUACAUCGUGGCGGCCAAGCGCUUCAACCUCGAGAUCAACUCGCGGGCAAAGGACCGCGUCAUCAGCUUUGGCGAGAAGCUGAGCUGUCGGUUCAUGGCGUCGCUGUUGCAGGAUGUGGGCGUUGAAUCGGAAUAUGUAGACCUCUGCGACUCAUUCCACUAUGAUGCCACAGAACGGCUCGACGACGACUUCUACAGAGUCGCCUCGGAGGCGUUUGUCCGCAAGAUUGUGGCGUGCGAGGGCCGGGUCCCUGUGGUUACGGGAUUCUUCGGCAACGUGCCCGGCAGCCUGAUCGACGGCGACAUCGGCCGCGGCUACACGGACCUGUGCGCUGCCCUCUGCGCCGUUGGCAUCAAGGCCGAGGAGCUGCAGGUCUGGAAGGAGGUCGACGGCAUUUUCUCUGCCGACCCCUCCAAGGUUCCCACCGCUCGGCUGCUGUCGUCCAUCACGCCCUCCGAGGCGGCGGAGCUGACCUUUUACGGCUCCGAGGUCAUUCAUCAUCUUACUAUGGACCAGGUCAUCCGUGCUCAACCCCCGAUCCCCAUCCGUAUCAAGAACGUCAAGAACCCGCGUGGCAACGGCACCAUUGUCGUCCCUGAUCCUAUCCUGUCGGCUGGUCACCAACUCACAAGAGGCUCUCCCAAGCUUGAGAGUGACCACCGGAAACCCAAGCGACCUACUGCCGUCACUAUCAAGGAUCACAUCAGCGUCAUCAACGUUCAUUCCAACAAGCGCUCCAUCUCUCAUGGCUUCUUUGCCCGUGUGUUUUCCAUCCUCGACAAGCACUCCAUCUCUGUAGAUCUCAUCUCCACCAGUGAGGUGCACGUCAGUAUGGCCAUUCACGCGGGUAGUCAUCAGGUUGAGGCUUUUACCAGCGCUACACAGGAGCUUGCCGAGUGUGGUGAAGUCAGCGUCCUUACAGAUAUGGCCAUUCUGAGCUUGGUUGGUGCUGAGAUGAAGAACAUGGUUGGUAUUGCUGGCCGCAUGUUUUCCACUCUCGGUGAACACAAUGUCAACCUGGAGAUGAUUUCACAGGGCGCCAGCGAGAUCAACAUUUCUUGCGUGAUAAAUGCCUGGGAUGCCACCCGGGCCAUGAACGUUUUGCAUACACAUCUCUUUACCUUUCUUGAGUAG